AUGAAGGACGACGAGAUCGCCGGGCAGAGCUUCUUGCUCAGAGAGGGAGCGUGUCUGCAUCAAAGAUGUGGAGAGAGAGAUAUUACUUGUAGCAACUAUGCGCAUAAAGGACGACGAUUGCCGCGCAAAGGUUCUUGCUUAAAGAAAGAGCGUAUCUGCAUCAAAGAUGUGGAGAGAGAGAUAUUACCCGCAGCAACUGUGCGCAUAAAGGACGACGAUCGCCGCGCAAAAGGCAAAGAUUCUUACUUUGGAAAGGAGUUGCCCGGGUUCAAGGAGAAGGUCGUCACGUACCAGGACACCGCGCUGGAGGCUCUCGCGAAGCCAAGUGGACAGGGCCACUAUCUGUAUACCUAA